UGUACGACUGACUAGGAUGAAGGGACCACAGCGCAACUCAGUUUCAUUUUCUGGCUUCCUGUGCUAGUCUUUUCUCUAUAUUAUUCAUUGUAUCCCAUGUCUCUAUUGUCAGAUAUGCGUUGUGUCUCUCUAUUGUCAUGAGCAUCUACAAUACGGAAUUCUCGGAUCGCAUAACUAUCAUCGCAUAACUAUCCCCCGACUACAACAACAUCAACAAUAUUGACAGAACAUAAAUCGAAAUAAGUAGGACCAUCGAAAUGGAGCUAGACAGUCUAGACGGUUAUCCAUUACAUGGCCAACAACCCGUUUCCCUCCGGCAAGAGCUAGGAAUCAUGUUCGGGUUUUUGGCCGCUUGUAUCCUAACCGUUGCUGUAUACUAUAUAUUCUGGCAGGCAUCCCAACGUCGCGCAGCAGCCCGCGACGAAGUUCGACGUAAAGAACUUCGAGCCCGCGGCUUCCAUCACGAACGAGGCGGAUAUCACGACAAGGCCUUACAUCGAUACGCAAAUCGGGAUCCGAUUGCGCAAACGCAGGGACAAACGUUGGAAUUCCUGACUGAACCGGCCGAGUUCAAGACUGAGAGUGGGACCCGUCAUAAUAGUGAAGAUGGGAUGAGUGAUACCAACACCGUUAUCACUACUACUGCCGUGGAAAAACAUAUGCAAGACGCUGCAACUGCUGGAUUAAGGAUAGAUACGGACGGGAAUGAAUCUUGGUCUGGGAAUUCGCAAUCCAAUACGUAUCAAAAUGGGAGCGCAGUGAGCAAUCGCACACCUUUGUCGAUGAUGCAGGCGAGUGGUGGUCAAAGUGCGAAGGACAUGUUUUGAUUGUCGGCUGUAAAUAUGAGUUAUGAUUAUGAUACAUAUGACAUUGACUGGACAAAAGUAGUAUAUACGAGGGCCACGUAGCUAGCAAUAAGGCUUAUCAAACCCACGACUCCAUCGUACACUCCCCAUAACAAUAACCAACAAUCCCAAUCCCACUCCCAUACUAACCACAGCAUACAAAUACGCCCAUGCAAAUCGACGCCGUCGCGAGGUUCCCAGUCCAAUAGACGUCAGCUCAGCUAUCCAGGUACUCACCGUCGUAGUCGCGCCACAGAAUCCAUCCAUGACAGCCUGCAAGACCUGACAGGAUACCAAGAUCGAGCGUGCGGUGGCCUCUAUCUCAGCCGCCGCACCAGGGAAACGUGACGGCCUUGACGAUGCCAGAGGAUCAAAACGCCAUGAUGUAGCCGGGGCCCCAAUACCAGCUACAUGCUGCAAAUCGAAACACAUACCCAACACCCCCGUACCAAUAAUAUUAACCGCAAAAGUUCCCAAGGGGAAAGCAGGGAUUCGCGCGUUCAAUGCAAGUGACAUAUAAAACCUGAAUAGACAACCCAGCGGCGCAAAGAUAAUCGCGAACAGUGCAUCGGUUCGCCAUGCAUUAUGCGGUGGCCAGAUAGCCAUAAAAACUGCACCGAGCCAACAGCCCCAACCUAGGAAAACGACAAGACGAUCAAGCACAUUUCGCGUAAAUCGGAAUGGAAUGAUGGGUAUCCACGAAUCGAGCGCGAG